GGGGCGGGGCCGCGCGGGGUCCCGCGGCAGCGGCGGCGGCAGCGGCGGCGGCUGCGGACUGGUCAGCUUACCAGUCCCAGCAGGAGCGAGUCAGAGGUGCAGCCUGCGCCCGCCAUGGAGCAGCCCAGGAAGGCGGUGGUGGUAACGGGCAGCCACCAGACUGGGCAUUUUUCUUGCAUGAGCUCAUUACAUCGUCAGUGUCUCCAUUUUGCAGAGGGGAAAACUGAGGCUCACAGAGGUCACCUUGUUUGGUUUGGCCCUUUUGGGGAACACACUGUGAACGCCAGCUGGAUUGCAGUCCAGGAGCUGGAGAAGCUGGGGCUCGGUGACAGUGUGGACCUGCAUGUGUACGAGAUUCCUGUGGAGUACCAGACGGUCCAGAGGCUCAUCCCCGCCCUGUGGGAAAAGCACAGUCCACAGCUGGUGGUGCAUGUGGGGGUGUCAGGCAUGGCUACUGCGGUCACGCUGGAGAAGUGCGGUCACAACAAGGGCUACAAGGGGCUGGACAACUGCCGAUUCUGCCCCGGCUCCCAGUGCUGUGUGGAGGAUGGGCCUGAAAGCAUUGACUCCAUCAUCGACAUGGACGCUGUAUGUAAGAGGGUUACCACACUGGGUCUGGAUGUGUCCGUGACCAUCUCACAGGAUGCCGGCAGGUACCUCUGCGACUUCACCUACUAUACCUCUCUGUACCAGAGUCACGGCCGCUCAGCCUUUGUUCACGUGCCCCCUCUGGGCAAGCCGUACAAUGCAGACCAGCUGGGCAGGGCACUCCGGGCCAUCAUCGAGGAGAUGCUGGACGUCCUGGAGCAGUCAGAAGGCAAAAUCAACUGUUGCCAAAACACUGAGUGCCACUCAGGCCUCCCGAGACCUCAUCCCGCCCGGGACUCUGAGAGAGACGUCCACCCUCCGGGGCCUGACCAGGAAGGACAAGUUCAUCAGCUGCGGAUCUGAUUUGGAUCAAAUAUGCCAACUCACACACCUCCUCUCCCUUUUUCUCUGCAAAAGCCCUGGUUGAUCUGAAGGGGGCAGCUGAAGAUUUUUUUUUUUUUUUUUUUUUUUUUUCUGUUUCUCUUUGCAUCUGGGGAUACAGCUGUGGCAGCCAGGAAGCCUCUAGGAGGCCCUGAAUCAUGCAGAGAACCCUAAUCAGGUGGCCGGAUCUCCACUCUUCGAUCCCAUGGCUGGGGCCACCUGCUUUUCUAAGUCUGUGGCAGAGGGAUUCCUGAGUUCCCUCUGUCUGUGACUGGUUUUUCCCAAAUUUAAAAGCCUCAUAAAGAGUUUGCCUUGUUCCAUGUCCCAACAGCCUCGACAGCCCCAGCAAGGGCUGCCUUCGGAUAUGGUAUGGGUUUGCGCUUCUUUCUUAUUCUCUUUUUCAAAACAAUAGUGCUAGUUUGGGCACAGAGUAAUUUAUAUUACCUUUGGUUAAAACGCAGGCUUUAGCCAAACACAGAAGUGUCUUUUCUUUUUAAUGGGGUGUGGCCCCUUCUGCCUCCUGUCCCAACCCUGGACCUGCAUCUCUGGGUGGGGGCUGACAUCGAGGUACCCUUGCCAUAGUGGGAGUGGGCAGGGUCCAUGGCCAGACCAUGGGGAGGCGGGGUGGCUGCCUCCCCAGGAGACCGAAAGCAUUGGCUGAUCUUUUCAACAAGCCAGCUCUACCCCUGGGGCUUCCAGAGCUGAGACGCCAGUGGAAAGCAGACUGUCAGGUCAAUGGGCACAUGACUUGUUUUUUGUUUUUGUCUUUUUGCCAUUUCUUGGGCUGCUCCCCCGGCAUAUGGGAGGUUCCCAGGCUAGGGGUCCAAUCGGAGCUGUAGCCACCGGCCUACGCCAGAGCCACAGCAACGCGGGAUCCGAGCUGCUUCUGUGACCUACACCACAGCUCACGGCAACGCCGGAUCAUUAACCCACUGAGCAGGGGCAGGGAUCGAACCCGCAACCCCACGGUUCCUAGUCGGAUUCGUUAACCACUGCGCCACGACGGGAACUCCCCUUGUUUUUGGUUUUAACAUGUAAACGUGUAGCAGCUGAAGGCCUACCCCACAUCUGACCUGGAUUUUCCGUCUUGGUGCUGGGGACCAGCUUCUUGUUUUCCUUCAAGGGGAGGGGGGUGCAAAAUGGAGUCUGGGGGCUGAGCUCCAUGUGUGCUGGCGUGUUUGAGCAGGAGGGCAGCAGGGCAGCCAGCAGGCUUCUGUGUAGAUGGGUUUUGGAUGCACCUAGGACUCAGUAAAUUUUUAUCUCAUUCCCUGGUGACUUUGCACUUACCAGUCAGGAAUAAGGUCUCCCAGGAGGCAACUGAAUUCAGCUGGACCUUGACACCGGCAGAGAGGGUGUGGCAACCAUGAGGAGAAUGCCCAUUUUGGAAGUAUUCUUCUAUUUUUCGGAGCACACGCAGUUGUAUCACUCUCCUAAGUAGGAAGUGUGUUGGAGUCCAAGGCUGUGUCAGGUCUUGUUGGUGUUUCCCAGUUUGCAGUUCUUUUGAAAACAGCUGUUUUGUUUCGUUUUCUUAAAGCUUCACCCUGUUUCCCUCCUGUUCCAGUGCUCAGGGUGGUCUCCGUCUCUGCUGAGCUGCUGUAUUGCUUGGAAACCAGAUGAAUGUGUUUCUGAGUGACAUGCUUACUCUGAAGGGGAAAAGUGGGCACAGGUGGGUGACAUGGGGUCAGCAUGUGGCAGUGGGUAUGGAGUGUGGUUGGCAAGGUGAAAUGGUGGGGACCGCACUCCCCUGUCCAUGCCAGCCCUCCCUCCAGAAACACGCCACCCCCUCUCCCCCCGCCACAUCCCCAGGCCAAGUGUGCCAACCCCAAGAAAUCUGGAGUGGGAGAUGGCAUUGUACCUGCACUUACUCAGCUGGCAUCAGUGAGCAGAAGUGGUGGCUCUUUUGAAUGUGGGAGGCUCAGGGUCAGGGAGUCCCCUGGAGGUUUUAUCCAGAAUGACAUCAAGCUCUGUCUAGCUCUGUUCCCUAAAGGUUCUGACCUGUGGGGCUCUGAGGAGGAAGUGGAUCUUGGCCUUGGAGACGUGGAGAGCAGAGGGAGGACUGGAAGUGAGCCAGGUUUGAGCUUAUCUGGGGGGCCCCCUAGAACCUAGACACACCAUCCUCAAUUCUGCAUUUUCAUCUUUCUUUUGUCCCCAUUCUGCUCUCUGUUUAAAGCACCACGUGAUUUAGCACCUUAGAGAUAUAACUUAUUGUCCGAUCAUUGUCAAGUGUGUGUGUGUCAUUUCUGUGGUCCUGCAAUGGUUUUAGAUUUCCUCAUUGAGUCAAGCUGGGAUUCUGUCCUUGUCCACAAUGCAGAGCAUGUAGCUUGUUUUUAUUUAACCAGAUAGCCAUUAAACAUUUCACUUGCUCCCUGACAGCUUUUUAAUUUUCCUGUUUUAAUUAUUUUUAUUUUAUUUAUUUAUUUAUUUAUUUAUUUGCUUUUUUUAAGGCCACACCCCAGCAUAUGGAGGUUCCCAGGUUAGGGGUUGAAUUGGAGCUACAGCUGCCAGCCUACACCACAGCCACAGCAAUGCCAGAUCCGAGCCACAUCUGCGACCUACAUACACCACAGCUCAUGGCAACACCAGAUCCUUAACCCACUGAGCGAGGCCAGGGAUCGAACCCACAACCACAUGGUUCCUAAUCGGAUUUGUUUCUGCUGCGCCACAAUGGGGGCUCUUGUUUUAAUUAUUUUUAGUUUUUCCUUUUGGGCAAACUCAUCUGUUCACUCCAUGGCAUAUCUGUCUGUGUUGUUGAGUCCCAGGCUAAAACGUCCUUGUGUGAGAAGAGGCCGGGGGGCUAAUCCCUUGUCAUUUCAGAGUCUCAGAUUGUGGUGGGGGACAAAGAACAGGGAAAGGGAUGGGUCUGCGAAAUGGGUGCAGUUCCACAGUAUAGAGGUGAGCUGUGCUAGAACGGGUGGGUGCAGUGAGUAUUAAUGGUGGAAAGAUGGGCUGGGGGAUGUGAUGAGAAGGCUGGUGGGGAAAAGGUGAGACUUGAUGCUGGGAAUGGACUCAUAGGAAAGUGGAAGAGGGCCUCUCUCUGUGAACCCUUCCCCGUGCAGGGUGCUGAGAUGGGGGAUGGGGUGGGGCAGUGAUCUGGGCUCGGAUGAUGGCAUUGCCUUUAAGAUGCCAGAGCCUCUGCACCUUAUUAUUAUUAUUUUUUGAAAGACACUUUAUUUUUUAUUUUUCAUUUGCUUUCUAGGGCCGCGCCCGCAGCAUAUGGAGGUUCCCAGGCUAGGGGUCCAAUCGGAGUUACAGCUGCCAGCCUACACCAGAGCACAGCAACGCAGGAUCCUUAACCCACUGAGCAGAGGCCAGGAUCGAACCUGCAACCUCAUGGUUCCUAGUCGGAUUUGUUUCCACUGUGCCAUGAUGGGAACUCCAUGCACCUUAUAACUUUAUACUUUUCUCAGCUCCUUUGGCCUCCCCUUCCCCAUCUAAAAGGUCGGUGGUCUGUGUAUUAGAACAUAGUUUGAAAAAGAAAUAAGAUUGGGUGAAUAGAAAGAAGGUGGGAAGAGGCAGGUAUUCCGCUUGGUGGACUGGGCUGGAUGCUACCUGGCUUACCUUGUCCACUCAAGGAGCAGCCAAGGUCCCCUGGCCACUGAGAAAGAGACGGGGCCAUGGGGCAGCAGGGGGAUGGUGAGAGGGCGGCAAUCAUGGCUUCUAGUCUGUGCCAGGUAUUUGGGGAAAGGUCAGACUGAGAUAGUUUCAGGAAGAAAAAAAGUUUUCAGUUACCCUGCUCUUUGCUGGCAUGGAAACUUCUAGAACAGAAAGGGCCUGCUCGGGGGAAUGACUGCAAAAGUAUACUUGAGCUGCCUUUUUGUUAUCUCAGAAGUUUCUUGCCAGGAAGCAAGACGGCCUGUGCACCCACCUCCACCCCCGCCAAGGGUGACUGGAGUGGGGGUGCGGGGGGAGGGAAGCUGCUCAUAAAAAUCCGCCCACCACACUGGCCUCUUUUUUGCUGCCACUGUCUAGACUGUUGACCUUUGACCUCUCCGCCUCUUAGAGUGUCUGAACCCAGAGGUCCCCUUCAGGGAUACUGGGACAAAGCCUCAUUCUUCUCCGGGGCCCCAGCCUCCACCCUGAGACCACUGAAAACACUCACUCACUCGCGAGCCUGCAGCCAGCGUGGGGCACUGAUGGUGGUUGUUCAGGCAGAAGCAGGCCACUCAUUGACAGGUCACUCCUUGUGGCCACCAUUCUCAUCGCCUCCACAGACUCCUGGGGAGCGGAAAAGGUCUUUGUUUUUAUAUCCCUGAUUAAAUUUCCCUUCUCAUGGAAGAAGUGCCUCGUAAAGGGACCAGGGCUGCCACUGGGAGGAAAAACAUCUCCAUUUUUGCAGUGAGGAAGUGCAUUAAAGACCAGGGGUCUCCCUCAGACAGAUCCCUGAGCAGAAUGCCUUUUGAAGGAGGAGGGCAUUUGCCAGAAAUCCACAUCUUGAAAAUUAGUUCUUGGGUAGACACUCGACAUACCUGCUAAGAGAUUCUGGCCUCCAGUUCAGGGGCAGUUGUCACAAGCUGAGUCUCACAGGCUUCCAGACCUGCAGGGGCUCAAGUCCAGCCCAGGCUGCUUCCCCACUUAAUCCAUUUCUCCUCUUCCCUCUCCUCCUCCAAGCCUUCCCUUCUGCUGUCCAGAGAGCUACAGAAGUGCCUGCCUCUGCCAUACAUAUGGGACAGGGAAAGGGGACAAGUCAGGAAAGAAAGAAGCACCUCCAGGCUCUGGGAGGUGAUUCUGGCUCCCCACUGCCCGGGCCAGGCUCAUCCAAGAUCUUCCAAGGCUUUUGCAUGCUGCACACUUUGUUUGAUGAAAUCCCCAAGAAAGCCCAAGGCCUGGCUGGAUGCCACGGGAAGCCCCACCUGGAUCUUGCAAAGCACAGUUGGUUUUCAGCCUGCCCCCUCUUGGGGGGAGGGUACUUGGUAAGUUUCCAGGGCUCCCUUUUUUUUCUUUUCGCCACCCAGCAGCACAUGGAAUUCCCAGGCCAGGGAUUAGAUCAGAGACUCCGUUGUGACCUAAGCCGCAGCUGUGGCAGCACAGAAUCCUUAACCCACUGGGCCAGGCCAGACAGGGAGUGAACCUGUGUCUCAGUGUCCCCAACACACUGCCACUGCCCCCAAUCCCACUGUACCACAGCGGGAACUCCCCAGGGCUCCCUUAAUAUCUCAGGUUUCUCUCUCGUCCUAAAUGUCUCUCUAGGAAAAACCCUUCUGCUGAAGGUGACUGCGUUCUGUCCCCAAAGGAGAGUCCAGCCCCUGCAGCCUUGGGGUGGCUUCUCCCUCACCCCAGGGAGACUCCUGUGAGUGCCUUGUCUGAAACCCCAAUGUCUGGAACCCCAGGCCAGGCAAGGGUCUGCCAGACUUUGCUGAGGGCUGGGCCCUGGGAAACGCCAAACUUGACACCCCAGGAAGCAAAUAAAACACUUGAAAU